GGACGCAACCGCCACCGCCUCCAGAGCGCCGGGCGGAGAGGGAACGGAGACGGAACCGCUGCCGCUGGCCCCCCAGCCCCCAGCCCUCCAGCUCCCGGAGCCUCCGUUUCCUCUCUCUAACUCCCUCCCCCGGCCAUGGAGUGCCCUCACCUCAGCUCCAGCGUCUGCAUCGUCCCGGACUCGGCCAAGUUCCCCAACGGCUCCCCGUCGUCCUGGUGCUGCAGCGUGUGCCGGUCCAACAAAAGCCCCUGGGUCUGUUUGACUUGUUCAAGUGUUCAUUGUGGAAGGUAUGUGAAUGGUCAUGCAAAAAAACAUUAUGAAGAUGCCCAGAUUCCCUUAACAAACCAUAAGAAAACAGAAAAGCAAGAAAAAGUUCAACACACUGUGUGCAUGGAUUGCAGUAGUUACAGUACAUACUGUUAUCGCUGUGAUGAUUUUGUGGUAAAUGAUACCAAGCUGGGACUGGUACAGAAAGUCAGAGAACACUUACAGAACCUGGAAAAUUCAGCUUUUACAGCGGACAGACAUAGGAAAAGGAAACUUAUGGAAAACUCAUCUCUAAACAGCAAGUUAUUAAAAGUAAAUGGAAGUACCACUGCCCUUUGUGCUACAGGCCUUCGGAAUUUGGGGAACACAUGUUUUAUGAAUGCUAUUCUUCAGUCACUCAGUAAUAUUCAGCAGUUUUGCUGUUAUUUCAAAGAACUUCCAGCUGUGGAAUUACGGAAUGGGAAAACAGCAGGGAGGCGGACUUAUCACACCAGGAGCCAAGGGGAUAACAAUGUUUCCUUGGUAGAGGAGUUUAGAAAAACAUUGUGUGCUUUAUGGCAAGGCAGCCAAACUGCAUUUAGCCCAGAAUCCUUAUUUUAUGUUGUUUGGAAAAUCAUGCCAAAUUUUAGGGGUUAUCAACAGCAGGAUGCCCAUGAAUUUAUGCGAUAUCUUUUGGACCAUCUACAUUUGGAACUCCAGGGAGGCUUCAAUGGAGUUUCACGAUCAGUAAUUCUGCAAGAGAAUGCUAGUCUUUCUGCAAGUAACAAAUGUUGCAUAAAUGGAGCAUCUACUGUCGUCACAGCUAUAUUCGGAGGCAUUCUUCAAAAUGAAGUUAACUGCUUAAUAUGUGGGACAGAAUCUAGAAAGUUUGAUCCAUUUCUUGACCUUUCCUUAGAUAUUCCCAGUCAGUUUAGAAACAAGCGUUCUAAGAACCAAGAAAAUGGGCCAUUGUGUUCACUCCGAGAUUGUCUUCGUAGUUUUACAGACUUAGAAGAACUUGAUGAGACAGAACUGUAUAUGUGCCACAAAUGCAAAAAGAAGCAGAAAUCCACCAAAAAAUUUUGGAUUCAGAAAUUACCAAAGGUGCUAUGCUUACACUUGAAAAGAUUUCAUUGGACAGCAUAUCUAAGAAACAAGGUCGAUACCUACGUAGAAUUUCCUCUGAGAGGCCUAGAUAUGAAAUGCUACUUAUUAGAGCCUGAGAAUAGUGGCCCAGAAAGCUGCCUCUAUGACCUUGCUGCAGUUGUGGUACAUCAUGGUUCAGGUGUUGGUUCUGGACAUUACACAGCUUAUGCAACUCAUGAAGGUCGCUGGUUCCAUUUCAAUGACAGCACCGUAACACUGACUGACGAGGAGACCGUGGUGAAGGCUAAGGCCUACAUCCUCUUCUAUGUGGAGCGCCAGGCCCGCUCGGGCUCAGAGAAGCUCUGAUCUGCCUUCAGCAUCCUUCACCAAGUCCGCCAGAUGAAACAUUUCCAAUUUUCCACAAAUACUUGAUCCAAGACUAUUAAUUUCAUUGUGCACUUUUCAGCUUCCUAUCGUGGGUUUCAUUUUGUUGUGUCAAUGGUAGCAUUUGACUUGGACACAAACUAACUUUUUUUUUAGUUUUACCAGAAAACCCCAGCAGACAUUUUGAUUUGCUGCUUUAGUUGUGGUAACAAUAUAUAUGUGUGUGUUUAUAUAUAUACAUACGUAUAUGUAUGCAUAUACAUAUAGUUUCAUGAAUUUAGUUAAUUUGACUUUUUAUAUUAAUGUUUUCAGUUCUCACUUUAAGGCACAUUUACAUCAGGCAUUUUUGUUAUCAUAUGCAGCAAGCAAGAGAAAUGUGUUCAUUAUUUCUGAAGAGCAAUGGAAAUUCUUGCUGCAUUUUCACAGCUGUAAUGUAGAUCAGGUUGACCCUGUAAACUAAGAAUUGUGCUUGUAUCACUUACUGUAUCCCAUGAAAUCUACCAGGGGCCUGAAUAAUCGUUCUUUGCCUACAGAAUAGAAAGGGGUUGUGCAUCAUUAAAGAAGACCAGGUAACUGCUGCUAUCAGCAAAUAUGAAGGCUGCUGCAUUUUAGGAUUAACCUUAAAGAAUUGCUGGUUUAGAAUUUGGCCUGCAGAUUCAGAUUGAGGGGGUAGGUAGCAAGGCAUCAGAAACUAAGUUCCGUUACCUUGUAAGUGAAUUCUCCUUCCUCACUUUGUUUGAAAGGAAUCCUCAAGGUUAAUUUGGAAUGCAGAGUACAUUUUGUCAUUCGCUAGCUAGACCUUUGCCUUCUAGAGCCUACUCUGAUCCUUUAGGAAAAGGACUUGUAUUCAGUGCUGUUUUCUGAUGUCUCUGCUUAUUUGUGAUAGCUUGGUUGGGAUGUUAGUUAUCAAAGCUGAGCACCUGAGGUUUGGAUAUCACUUAUUGAAGAACAGAUAUGGAAGAGGGUAUUUUGAUUUUUAGAACUGUAUAGCUCUCAUUGACACUGCAGCAAGACCAUUGUGGUCAAAUUGAAAAUGUGUUUAUUUAUUGGAUUCUAUAGGAAGAGAACUUCUACUCCCAAGGUCAACAGCUCUUGUUUAAAAUUGUUUUCUAGAAAAAGAGAAAACGGAAGCCCUUAGAGCUAACUCUUUUAAGUUGAAUUUUGACUCUGAAUCCAGUGGUAGUUGUGCCAGUUCUGUAGAUAUCCCCUGCAGUCCAAGGGCAUUUAUCUGUAUUGCUGGAUAAUUCAGAGGCUGCUUGAGUAUGUGGAGAAUGUAGAAACUUCUGAGAUGAGCUCAUUCAUUAACACCAUACUGAUUUUUUUCAUCCUUUGUUCUAGUGCUUUUUUUUCCCUUCCUUUUUUUCUUUUUCUAAAAGUUGUAAUGAAGGACUGAACAUAUUUCCUGCCAAGCCAGCCAACCAACCAAAUGCGCUUCUUAGGAAUGGUGUCUACUGACAAGUAAAAGGGAGUGGCUGAGAUGUUGUAAAACUGUCUGUAAAGCUGUUACUAUUCUAUGACUUUCUCCCCAUUGUAUAUUUGAAACUGCCAGGAACAGAUAUUGGGACAUGAUUUCUAUUUCAGUAUUAACACAUUUUGUCAUAGCUUAACACGUCUGCAAGAUGAACACUUGAGAAUGAAGAGCAACAAACCAUAAUCAAAUAUAAAAAAUGUUACUCCUAAAGACAUGGCAUUGCCAGCCUCCCUGAAUCUUAGAAGUGAAAAGUCUAGGACCUUAGGAGUGAUUUAGAAGAGGGGGAAAAAAAAGGAAAUGUUGGUUUGUGUAGAAAUACACGUUGUUGCUUAGCUGUGCGUAAAUAGGAAAAUAUACCUGGCUGAGCCUGACAUCUGACUCCCCUCCAGACCCUGGACAGAGACACAUUGUGCUUAACAGGAGAGACGGCAAAUAGAAUCAUUUGUUGCUUUGAGUUACAGAUAUUCCCACUCAGUGCUUGUCUGUGCACACCUAGCUUCUUGUUCUUAUUCUUCUUUACUCACUUAAACCUACAUAAUGGCUUUGGCAGCAUUCCUUCUGAUGGAGGAAGAGAGUUGUAAAUCACACGUGAUUUUGUGGCAAGGUGUGUGACAGUGUUGGAGAGGAGACAUGCUGGAGACGCUGGGACCUGGCUCCUGCCUGAAUUACUUUGGUAACGUUAGCUUUGGGGGCACGCUCUCUCUUGCCACGUUUUAGAGUGUUAUCAUGAAGACUUGUUGGAAAGGGGAAUUGACACCAUUUGGGUUAAUCAAACAGCAAACUUAGCUGAGCAUGGAGCACAGCAGUGAUGUGAAUGUGCCUGUUUUGUAGUUUAGAAAUAUGACUGUGUAAUCUGUCACAAUUAUUUUAAAAGCUGAUUCUGGUUUCUGUUCUCCUUCUGGGCUUUUUUCUUCUCUUCUGGCGCCAUGUUGUCUUCUUAAUGUAUAUGUGGCCUCUGGCUAGAAAGCACCAGCAGAGCCUGAUGCAUCAAGGUACACGCCUCCUUUGGAGAAGAAAACUGGAACAUCCUCCCACUGCAAACACAGAUGUAUGAUGCAAACAAUCUGUUUGUGGCAACACAGAUAUCUCUCCAUGAUGGAGAAAACUUUGCUUAUCCACUGUAUUCUACUCAGUGUGUAGUGAUGACAAAUGUAACUGACAAUUGAACCAGUAAAGUAUACUGUCCCUCUUUGAGUGUUAAAAAUGUAAGUUGCCUGUGAAACUCAUUCAGUCAGUGUGGUUUCUGGGCCUGGCAUUGGGGCAUAUUUAUUUCUUGAAACCAUACGUGUCUUUUUGGUCUCAUUGUUCUAAUGUACAUAUCCCUUUUGCAUAUUCCUUGUCCUUCCUCCCUCCCCAAAGCUACUUAAGGGUCACAUGGGACUGGCUUCUCUACAGCACACCACCUUCUUUUCAGCACCUCAGAUGGCUGCUGUCACAUGUGCAGCUGCCCAGCACAGGCAACCACUUGUACCCAGGAAGGAGGGAGCCUGACGACUCUCUUCCCUACCAGAGAGCCUCCAUGGAAGGUAUCCGAGUGUUCCUAGGGCAGGCCGCUGCUGGUGCUUUUGGAGCAAAGCAGUCAAAGUAUCCACACACAACACAGGAAGGCAAAGACUUGUAUGCCAUGGUCAUGUUUCAUUCCAUUGUCUCCGUAUCUCACCUAGUGGGCUAAAUGCGCUUGUCUGUGCUCCCCUACUCCUGAACAGACGCCAGAAGGCCCUCAAGUCGUGUGGUGCUGUGGAUGUCAUUGUUUGCCAUUCAAAUCUAGCUUGUGUAAUGCAGAAAAAAAAAUCAUUUCACUGCGUGAAUAAUCUCUCCUUUUAAGUUGUACUUUGAUUCUUUUUCUUUGCCAACUUGAGAUGUUUUAUGGAAAAGUAUCAUUAAAGAUCUGGUCUCUUUU